AACUAGAGCCGCAUGAUGUGUCAAUCACAAAACGAAAACAGAUUAACCGUCUCGGCGACCGGUUUAGCCUUUGGCAGUGUUCACCAAGCAAAUGCGAAUCACAUCAAUCGCUGCUUUUACUUUUCUAUCAAUUCCAUAUCGAAUCAUCAUCAAAGUCAAGCAAUCCUCAGAGAAGAGAUCCAGAAGAACCCUAGACCAGUAGUAUUGAGCAUCAAAUCAAUGGCUAGUAGCUGGAGAAGAUCAAUAGGGAACGUGAGGUCUUUCAUCGGAAAUUCCAUGGGAGGUCUUAGAGGAGGUCAGAGUGCCGCUUCUUGGGUCGUCGCCGGAACUAUUGCCUACUUUCUCUGGAUUAAGCCAGCUCAAGAUCUUAAAAAGGAACAAGUGGCUCGGGCAGCUCUUGCAAUGUCUGAUCCAAACCAAUACGUUGAGAAAAGGAAACCAAUCGCUGAUCCUCAGGUUACUGGUUUGAUUUAUGGAAACAAGAACAGAACUGAUAAACCACAGGAUUGAAUUUUUCUGUAAGUUUGAAACAUCUGGUUGUAAGUUAGCUUCUACAGUUUUGUUCCUAUAGCUAAAGAUCAUGUAUAGACACUAUAGUUGUCACUUACAACGAAUAAAAGAUGGAAACUUUUUUUUCUUACCAAACCAUCUGUGAAGGAUUUUAUGUGCAUUGUGAGAUUAAGAAUGGAUCUGAAAGUUCGUUUUGACU